GCCUGAUCCGCUUGCGGUUAAAUCACUUCCGCGCCAUCCUCCUUUCCCCGGCGGUCCCGUUUCCCCCGCGGGGGGCAGCCCCGCGCUACGGCCGCGGUGGCGUCCCGCCGGGCGCGGCGCAGCCUCGGCGCACCCGCGCUAUCGCCUGCCGCAGCGCCCUGCGCUGCUAUCGGCGGGGCUCCGGCCGGAGGGCGAGGGGUGCCCGGCGCUGCGGUGACUUGCAGGAACUUCAUGCUCAUUUGAACGGCUGUAUCAGUUCUGCCACUAUGAAGAAACUUAUGGCACAGAAACCGUACCUUCAGAUCCAGAACGGAAUGACCGUGAUCGACAAAGGGAAGAAGAGAACUCUGGAUGAAUGUUUUCAGAUGUUCCAGAUCAUCUAUCAGAUUACCACUAGGACUGAAGAUAUUUUACUGAUAACUAAAGAUGUUAUUAAAGAAUUUGCUGAUGAUGGUGUCAAGUAUCUGGAAUUGAGGAGCACUCCUAGAGAAGAAAAGGCCACAGGUAUGACCAAAAGGAUGUAUGUUGAGACUGUACUCGAAGGUAUAAAGCAGUGUAAAGAAGAAGGCUUGGAUAUAGAUGUAAGAUUAUUAAUAGCAAUAAAUAGAAGAGGUGGCCCUGCAGUUGCGAAGCAGACUGUUAAACUUGCUGAAGAGUUCCUUCUUUCCACUGAUGGGGUUGUAGUAGGACUUGACCUCAGUGGUGAUCCCACCGCAGGACAUGGUCAAGAUUUUUUGGAACCCCUCUCAGAAGCGAAAAAAGCAGGUCUUAAGCUGGCAUUGCAUCUUUCAGAGAUUCCAAAUCAAGAAGAGGAGACCAAAAUUCUUCUUGGCCUGCCUCCUGACAGAAUUGGACAUGGAACAUUUCUCAACUCUGCAACAACAGGUUCAGAAGAAUUAGUGCCACUUGUUAGACAGAAUCAUAUACCUAUUGAAUUGUGCAUGACAUCAAACAUCAAAACUCAGACAGUGCCUUCCUGUGACAAACACCAUUUUGGAUACUGGUACAACAUAGGUCACCCUGCAGUGCUUUGUACUGAUGAUAAAGGCGUCUUUGCAACAGAUCUAUCUCAGGAAUACGAGCUCGUUGCAAAAACAUUUAAUCUGACUCGAUCACAGAUGUGGGAUCUUUCCUAUGAAUCAAUCAACUACAUCUUUGCUUCAAGUAUGGUAAAAUCAAAGCUAAAAGAACAGUGGUGUAAACUGAAGCCCACUCUGUUUGAUUAAUCAAAAUGUUAUUCUAAAUAUCUUGGAUGUAUUAGCUUAGUUAAUAAGCAUUUUUUACUGAAGUACCUGGCUUUGGCCUUUUUCAGAUCUCAGGGUUAUGAAUCCAGUCCCGAAGCUGUGCCUGUGCAAAAUCAAGAAUGUAGGAAAGCAUCAUUUGUUAAUGAGGAUAGAAGUAAAAGUCCUUCCAGACAGUCCCUUUGUCUGGAAGGGCUUUCAGUCAGUGACUAAAAUUCUAGAUGUGUCAUCAUGUAGUUUCUCUGUAGUUGAUAUAAUAUCAUUUUUUAAAAUUACUCUGUUGAAAUUUGUCAUCAUGCCACAAACAGUUCAGAAUCAGAACAAAAUAAAGGCACAAUUUGGGGGAUAAAAAAGUAUCUGUUGGCAACAGUAUACCAAGUAGUUUGGACAUUUGGUGUGUGUGUUUUAUUUUGCUUUGUUUGUUUGUUUUGAAACAAGUUUUGAGCAGUUGAAUGAACAUGAAGACAGAGAAAACCUCAGGGAGAAUGAAAUAUUUUUCUCAGGGGAAUUAAAUAUUGCAUCUAUUUCUAUUGAUGUUUAUGUAUGACUGAAACCUGCUGUGGAUUGUUUACUGUAUGUGGUGGUACCUAUCAAUGCGCUCAGUAUUCAUAGUAUCUUGUAGUGCUUCCAUACUAUAUUUAUACUAUAUAAAGUUAAGAAUCUUAAACUCCUAGCAGAUUGUGAUAUGUUUGGAGAAAAAGGUAUACUUCUUAAAAUGCUUUUUCGAAUUUCUCAUUUGUUUCUUUUAAAAAGCAAUAAAAAUAACUUGAACCUGCAUGCUUUUGAAACCGAUGCUUCAUGUGUAUGUGUGUGUGCGCGUGUGCACACCUGUGCGUGUCUGUGUGUGUGUGUGUUAUUUAUUGAACAGAGGCAUAUAUAACCUGCUUCAGAUUUUGUUAAGCAAUUGUCAGUUUUGAGAGGUAUACUUGCUUUCUUCUGAGUGGCACCAUUUUGUCCUGACAGCAGAGGGAGCUCCUUAGUUCAGGCAGUGAAUGGUACUUAGGGUGUGUGUAUAUGCAUGUGCAUGUUUGUAAAUAUAUUUUCAUCUGCUACUGUGCAGAACCACCACCACCUAUUUUCGUCAAAGAGAUUAUUGUUUUGGGAAAAGCUCAGCCAUUAUUAGAAACUUUUAUUAGUAACUUUGUUACUUCAGGAAACCAUUUCUGAAUUUAAGAGGGCUGAAGUAUAAAAUGACCAGGCAUGUUUUCUGCAGUUCUAGCAAAACCAGAAAGCACUGAGUGGUUGUUCUGAAGGCAGAAAACCAGUCUAUUUGAAUGAGAGGAUGACAUUACUGAGAUACAGGAUGACAUGUCCUGUAUCUCAGGACAACUAGAUAGUAUGGCUGAGCCACCUGAAGAGUAUUUCUGAUGAUAAAGCCUGGAGUAUUAGCUUGAACAGAAAUUUAUUUUUUAAUCUAAAACAAUUAAAUGAUCAUCAAUAUCCAUUUACAUAUGUGUACCUUUAGAUUAUUUGAAUAGAAAUAACAGCUUGGAUAAAGAUUAAUGUAGUAGUAAUCUAUCUGAAGUCCUGAAAUCUAAAUUAGUUACUAAAUUGGAAGAAGUCACUGGCCAAUCACACAUGAAAUUAGAAUAUGUUAAAACACUGAGUUAGCUUAUGACAGUUCAGCAAUUGCAGAGGUAAUAUUUUCUUCUUCUUCUUCUUGCGAUUUCUUUUUCAGUUUACUUCCAUAACAGUUGAAAAAUUGACUGAAAGGUUAAAAAAUUCCUCCACUUUGUUAAUACGUGCUGUGCUUAAGAAAGAGAUCUGCUACGUUUGUAUCUUGAAUGAAAUAAUUUUGUUCACUAAGUAUGGAUAAUAAGUAUGGAUAGUGUUUGCCUUGUGUAAUAGAUAGUCUUGUUUUAAAUGCAAAAAGUAUUUAGAUAACUUUCUAAUUUAUCUGAGAUAAUUAAUGUAGCUUUAUUUAAUAAAAAACACUUUUAUAA